CGCUCGAUAAGUCAAGAAUUUGAAGACGGUGAUCAAGUCAUGAUUAAGCAUGAUACUCGGUCAAAAAGUGUCCAUGGAUAAUAAGGUUAACGAGAGCAGCAGCACUCUUUUUAGAUGAGUCAACCUGAUAAUGAUUUUGAUUCGAUAUCCAUUUCUCUCGCCCGCCCCGUGUUGAGGUCCGCACACAACAGCUCGAAUCGGUUACAUUUUUUUCUACUUUUGAAUCGCCAUGAGUAACUUUACAGAUGAUCCGUUCUCGCUUGACAAGCUUCGCAGCACGCUGAUUCGACUCGAAGAUACAAUCAUCUUUGCCCUGAUUGAACGAUCACAGUUUGCAUUCAACAAGUGCAUCUAUGUUCCAGGUGCUUUGGAGUUCAAUGGAGCAACGGGAGACCGAAGCUUCCUCGAAUACUUUUUAUGGGAGACAGAAAGAGUCCAUGCCAAAGUACGAAGAUAUACCAGUCCAGAUGAAUAUGCAUUCACCUCGCCCCUGCCUGAACCGAUCCUGCCACCGCUCGAGUUCCCAAAAUUCUUGUUCCCUAACGACAUUAACGUAAACUCCAAGAUCACCGAAAUCUAUACCAACUCCAUCGUUCCCGAGAUUUGUCAGGAUAGAGACGACUCCAACUAUGGUAGUGCAGCCACGCGGGACAUUGACUGCAUGCAAGCAUUGAGCCGACGUGUUCAUUAUGGUAAAUUCAUUGCGGAAAGCAAGUUCCGAUCCGAUCCCGAAGCAUACGCUCGUCUUGCGCGCGCAAACGAUCGAGAAGCCAUCAACGAGCUGCUCACCAACCGUAGUGUCGAGAAGAAGCUCCUUGAACGACUGCGUCGCAAAGCGCUGGUGUACGGCCAAACACUGGAUCAAGAGCAGGAGGGGAUCAACACACAUCUGCGCAUUCCGGUGCAACUGGUAGUGGACUUGUACGAGCGCUGGGUGAUCCCACUGACGAAGGAGGUAGAGGUGGACUAUUUAAUCGUACGAGGCCUUGCAUACAACAAAUCUGAAAUAAACUAGAGAAGGGGUGUCUGUCUCGGUGCAUUUUUUUUUUUUGAAAAAUAG